CUAUCAUCAAUCACAUAUUUGCUGCUAUGGACUCGACGGUAUUCCCUGUACAAAACGUCCCACCUGACAUUCUCUAUCCUAUUUUCGAUUGCGUUGAGUAUGGCAGGAAGCUGAAGAACGAGUGGGAAAAGUUGGGUCACAAAAAGGUGGCUGAUGGUACCAAGUCGCUUCUUUCAAUUGCGCAGGUCUGUCACUCAUGGAGAACUGCAGCGCUACCCUACUUUUACCAAAGCACCGAAACACUUCUAGGGCCUGUGUUGGAUGUAUCUGAUUAUUGCCCUGAGAUGGAUUGCCCAAACCUCUUUAUGGCAGCCGCUGCUGGACACAGCCAACUUGUUCGCUCAGCACAUUUCUACCUUUCACUCGACCGCAUUAUUGACGGCAUCUCCACCCGCUUGCUGAGUGCUGGCGCUCUUUCCACCGCGACUUUCCCAAACGUGACUGAGAUCGUGCUCUAUUUCUACAGCAGCAAGAUAUUUUUUAACGGCGACUAUUCCGCAAAAGUCGGGCGAUUCAUUGAGCGCACCCGCCAACUGUUUCCCAACGCACAGGACUGCUCGCUCACUGUUCAUUCGGGGUUGUGGAUCGGCAAGGGGGACAUGUACAGAGACCUAAUGGGUAUUCUCUUUCCAACACCGAGAACCUUAAUAUUCCGCGACCUGGCGAAUGCAAAUGCCGUUCUGCAUGGUGGCUUCAGCGCUGGGAUUCAGCGUGUUUAUCUCGAAAUUGGUCAUUCUUUUGAAUGUCCGAUUGUUCAUUCAAACAGGGAUACCAUCGAAGAGCUUGUGCUUCAUAUAUCACUAGAUCUCAGCCCGUGGCAAGCUGAAGGAGAUAUAUCCGACGACCUGGAAUCUUUAUUCUGUAACACGUAUCCGGAACUCACCAGCCUAUCCAUCGAGACGGGACCGCACGUGGUAGGGAAUUUUCAUAUGCCUGAUGUCAACCCAUUUCCAUUGCUGACUAGCCUUUCCUUGAACACACGCUGUGACAUUGACAUUGGUGUUGUGGCCGACGACUGUGGCGAAAAUCUAACAUCGCUUACGAUGCACCUCACUGUGCCCAUUUUCAGAUCGCUUCGUGGCCGUGUGUUCCCUAACCUCAAAUAUGUCCGUAUUCGGAGCACUGACUUCUCGGCUGCCUCCAAUGCUAUAGGCAAUGUGAUUGAGGUUACAUAUAUGCCGUUUUUGGUUGCGCCCAAUGCUGAGUAUAUCGAGAACUGCUACAGCCUGCUUAGCUUCGGCCGGUCUCUGCCGUCUAUCAUCCCACCAAACCACUCGAACCCGCACCUUCGGCACCUAAUCAUCAGGAAUAUUAUACCUACGCUCAGCGUAUUCCAGCAGGUCCUGGCUCAUUUCCCAGGGCUCAUUAGGAUUGGAAUUGAUGGGAUCGGAUCAGACGAAGGAGACAGUCUUGAUCGCUCUGAUGGCGAGAUUAGCAGGCUGAUGGCCGAGCUCCCAAUCUUCAGUGCUCGUCUGAGACGCGUUGAUUUGAACACCUUAUUGCCAGUCAAGCCGCAGCUGGUCGUCGCCAUUUCGAGACUGCCUUCCCUCAGGAUGGUUACCAUCAGAAAUGUCACUGGAAUGCUGAGCCAGUACAAGGAAGAAAUUGGAAAAUCGGUAUACGACGAGUAUCGCGAUAGCCUGAGCAGACCACUAUUCUGUACCAAUGGCCGCCAAUAGGUAUAGCUACAUUUCCGCCGGCAAUAUAUUAGCCUUAGCCUUGGGUGCCUUGCUAACCUUCAGACACAAAAUGGGUGGUAAUGAGUGUGUAUGUAGAUCAACGGGAAAGAUGCAAGAUGCUGACUGAGAAAGGGAAAGGGGGAACCCGACUAGUUUUUGGGCUCGCUACUAUGUGGGGUAGUCUCUGGUGUGAUGGUGCAGAAGUGAUUCCGUGCUCCAAUGCCAGCAUGCCUUCAUACCCGCAUGCCUUGCAUAAAGUACCAUUGGCAUUAGACCUGAGGUGUUG